AGAAUGUGCGAGCCCGCUUGUGAGGCGAGGGAGAGAAUACUCGAGUGAGGCCACGGCUAACAGUAGACCAGACAACCAGAAAAAGGGAUAAGUAAUUGCUGACACAAGCUACCAUGUUGCCACGUGGAGGUGCAGCUGUGUUCUUUGUUUUUAUUCUUGGACUCUGUUGUGCACAAGGUAAACUUAUACUUCCACCCUCGCUACACAUGGUGCUAAGAAUGAAAGAGUUUGCAAUUGACUAGCACUAGGUAACAGGCUUGCAUAUCAUAGUAAUAUCAGUUUCUCUUCUCUGUCAUCCCCCUCAAUGGAGCUGGCCAGGGAGAGAGGAGUCCCAAUAUCACUGGAUAUGUUAUCAACUCUUCAGCACUUAUAAUGAUUCACAUCCGAGCUAUCUCUAGGGACGAGAGCAAUGUUACCUUCAUAACAUCGAUCAGUAGGUAAUCCCACCAGUGAAGUUUGUAGUAGCUGGAGAGUCACUCCUGAUGUAGAUGAUGAUCAUCUUGUCAUUGAAGAGCCACCAUCACCAGAAGGACCAGAUGUCACCUACCAACUCCGUGCUGACAAUAGAUAUUCAUUCCUAGUGUCCCUUCCUAUUAUCACUAGUGGAGUAGCCCCCCCACGGAUCAAUUUCACUACAUAUGAUGUCCAGAGUGCUGCCGCUGACACCACCAAUGAUACCAAUAAUGAGAUCAUUUUUGACUGCAGAGUUCAUUGAAAGCACGACGGCUCAGGGGUGUUUCAUAGUUUUACAAUGUGAAUAUGGAAACCCUGAUGUAUUCAGAGCCCUACUACUGCCUGAUGACUCCAGCACUUCUGUACAGAGUACUAUUCAUGACGUUGUAUCUUCAACAUACAAUAUGUUCGUCUAUGACCUUGAGGAAGAUGAACUGCCUAACAGCCAUCCUGCUGUUGAACAGAACACUACUGUCACUUUUAUGGGGACCAGUCCCAUCGCUGAUGGAGAAUCUCAAUUUCUAAACAAUGGCAGUGUUUACUGGAAUGGGGUGGUGACAGUGAAUGUCACGUGUGAGUUCAAAGAAGGUAUAGAGGGAGCCUCAUGUGUCCUGGUCUAUCGAGAGUAUGGUAACAAGACACUAGUGGUGGAGGAAUAUCCUCAGAACACUGUCUUCCCUGUGACUCUGACUGUUGAUGACAAUCUUGAGAAAUACACAUUUGCUAUAUUUGGAAAGGAUGGUUCCAGUUUUGAUGAAAGACCAAUUAUUGCAGGAAGAGUGGAUGUUACUGAGACAACCACACCAACUAUUUCUGUAUCAACAUCCUCUGAUGGAAGCACAUCAUCAAUUGCUAUUGGAGUGCCAGUUACUGCUGUAUUGUGUAUCAUCAUUACUCUUGUCAUCUUGGCUGUAAUUACACUGAUUUGGUGGAAGAAGUCACACAAAAGUGGUUACAGCUCCUCUGAUGUAGUUCACAGUUGCUUUUGUUGUCCUUCCCCGAGUGAAACUAACGACCUUGAGUUAUUCAGUCAUGCUAGUGUAAGGAGCGGUUCUCGACUGAUAUCAGAUGAUGGUGGCACCAAACCGAAAAAGGAUGGACAUGCUGAAGGAGAAGCCAAACCUCCAUUUAGUGGGAACAGCUUUCACAUAAGACAGGACAGUGGUGUAAGUAUGAGCACUCCUCCAGUGAUGUCCAAACAAAAGGGGAUAUACACCGAUGUGGACCUCUCAACAUCAGGAGUGCAACCAGAAGACACCAGAGUCCAGUACCAGGAGAUUGCCAUCAGAGCUACUCAUAAAAUGCCCCGUUCUCAAUAUGCUGAGGUGGGACCUCUUCCUACCAACAGGCCAAAACCCGCCAAGAUUGAGACCAAGACACAGGGCCUCUAUGUUGAUGUCCUACCUCAUGCCACUACUCCUGUCAAAGAGAAUGACAACAGAGACAAGAAGAAUGUAGUCAAGGCAACACCCAAAGGACCCCCCACAGUGGAGUCAGUGAUGUCACUGUUGUGGGGUGUGGCUGGUCGUUGGAAGGAGAUAGCAGAGGGUCUGGAGUUUGAUGAGGAUCUGAUUGAUGAGAUAGACACCAACAACGACAUGAAUGAGGGCUGUCUGCAGGUGUUUGUGGAGAUCUGGGUCACCAGACUACAGCCAUCCUGGGAGAAACUAUCUCGUGUACUGAGAGAUCUGGGGGAAGAGGAACUGGCCCGUCAGGCGUUGAGUGGAUCAGACAACUGUCAGUUACAGACAAUGAGCAGGCAGAUCAGUUCUUCUUCUUCAAGUGGAAUAGUCAAUGAGUCCCAGCCAGAAUCCUUGUCCUCUAGCAGCGGUGAUAGUGAGGUGGUGACUGGUGCUCAGGGAAAUACAUCGCCCCUCACUGACAGCAAUAAUGAUGGAAGCAGAAGAGUUGAGAAAUUGAUGGUAGAUGAGGACCCAAAACCAGUUGUUCACCCAUCCCCUACUCUCUCUGGUGAUAAGAAAGUGGAUUACUGCUGUGGAGAUGUGGAGGAAGAUGCCUGUGUGGUUGGACUCAACCUCAGUAGCCCCGGUGAUACUUCACUAUCUGUUACUGAGGAUUUUAACAUCCAACAAAUAGAUGGCUUCAGGCAGAUGUCUGUUGCCAGAUCGGAACCGACAAGCAAGCCAACUGAGCCUCAGCCAGAUUCAUCUCACCCUGGAUGUGGUGGUAGCUGUGAGGUUGUGAAUGGGGUGGAACGGGCAAUCCUACCUUUUGAUGACAAGGAUAGUGAAAACAGGGGAGCGAGAGCACAAUCCAAAUGGAUCUUCAACUUACCCUAUCUGAACAACUUCACUGUGCAAGGGGGAAGAGUAUGAUAAGCCCUAGCAGAAAGCCCUUUGACUACCAAAGGCAAGAGACAUCACACCUUUGACACUCCAAUGUUGGCCCAUGGUGCUGGUAUUAAAAUACCAGAGGAUUGUUUUACUGAGGAAAACGUUGGUGUUCUUCCGGUGAAUAAUGAAGGAGAGAAGACUCUCAUCCCGACCCAACUGGAUCUUGGAGACAAGGAUCAGCAGACAACUCCUGCACUGUCCAGGGUGAUGCCAGGGAUAUGGUGCCAGAGGGUGAUGACGUAAUCCCUUUGGAAUGUAGCGAUGAAGCGGAAGAGCAAGACACUGUCCGCGGAUUAUUUGGACACGCAAGCAUCCUGCCUACCUUGCCACACAAAGAUGCAGCCAAAGAAGGUAUAUAUUUUGUUAUAAGCGUAUGAAUUUCAUUUUAACCGUUGAGUUUUUAAAGCCCAUCCCCAGUGGCGGUUCAGGCCCAGCCUGAGGAUCCCACUUCUCUCCAGUCUGAGAUCCAGCCACAGGAGAUUGGCCGUUCAUCUGAACCAGUCACCAGACACCAAGAGAGGGAGAUUAAUAUGGCCACACCUCUCGAGUGCCAAGACAACAACCAAGGGGUGCUGGUCAUAGGAGGGGCUUGCAGAGGUUGGGAGUGCCCUGUCGUGCCACCUCCUGAUGACAGACACCGAGAGCUGUUGCCUGAUGCCAUAUAUCCGAACAUACUAGAUUUGUGUGUAGUUGUUAGAAUACUUAGUUGGUUUACCUAGCUAGUUGUUUUAAUGCUGGAACUUUCUUUAUAUAUCUUUUUUAAUUUUUAUAUGUGACAGGCUCUGCUGGGCACUGCACAUACCGUAAUGUUCUAUAUAAUUAUGCGCAAAACACACAAUAUUCAACUGCUCACGCUCGCUCACCAACA